AUGAGGAAAUGUUCGGCACUUUCUGACCCAAUCGCUAUUAAGAUAAAGACCCACCACGAGGCUCUGAGAUUUCGCUUAGAAGAAGUUAAGAAAUUCCGAGAACAGCAUGAACAAUUGCUUUCGGUUAUUAAACGCGUGCUCAAGACCUUUCAGGCCGAACAAGACACCGCUGCGACUGAGCAAGUCCAGAACGCCUAUGAAAGCGUGGCCUUUGGUAAAGGAAGGCCCAGCGACGUUCUUGAUCUUAGCGAAGAGGGCACGUCCUGGUGGGCGUCCUCCAUGAGCCACUAUAAUUCCAAAGUCAAUGGUGUGGAGACUAAGAUCAUCUCGUAUUUGCGGGAUCAGCUCGGAAAAGCUCGGAACGCCAAUGAGAUGUUCAGAAUUUUCAGCAAAAUUAAUGCGCUAUUUGUCCGCCCGCGCAUCCGCGAGGCCAUACAGGAGUACCAGAGCAAACUAAUACAGAAAGUUAAGGAAGACAUCCGUUCCCUGCAGAAAAAGUGUGCAGCAGAAGAGGGAAGAGACAGCUACAACAGUUCCUUAGCGGCUAAAAUGGGCUCCAUAAGAGACUUACCUCCUCUUUCUGGACGAAUCAUUUGGUUUAGGAACAUUGAACGCCAUCUGAAGGCCUACAUGCAAAGGGUCUCAAACGUGCUCGGUGAAGGAUGGGAGGAUCAUCCAGAUGGCAAGAAACUAAAAGAAGAGUCCGACAACUUCCGGGCCGUUAUCAACACUCAGAAACUAUACGACGAAUGGGAAACCACCGCGGCCCAUUGCAAAUUUGACAGAAACGACAAGCUUUUUACUGUGCGUUCCAAGAGGGUUGCUGGAAACAACGAAUGGCAACUCGUGGUUAAUUUUGAUAGAGAGGUUAUCACACUUUUUAAGGAAACUCGGAACUUGCAAUGGCUUGGAUUCCGCGUACCGAUUAACAUUCAGUAUUUUGCCAGCGAUGGGCAGGCCCUUUAUCCUUACUCUGUCUCUUUGCAAGAGGCCGUGACCACCUACACUCAGGCCUUAAAGAAAAUGGGCCCCCGCAUCCGACUAAUAGUCAGCGAGCCGCAUAAAAGCGUGCAGAACGCCAUUGCAGAGGGUGUCGGUUACCAUUGGAAUCAUCAUAAACUGGAGGCCUACGUAAAUAACUUUCUUCAAAUCGUCUUGUCAUUCCAGGAAAAGGUCGACGAAGCCCUGGAAACAGACAGUCAGCUUCAAGGUCUUCUCGAGCAGCUCGCCACCUGCAAUUAUGAAGGCUUUCGCCUUCGAAACUUUAUGGGGUCUCUGCAGGAGCGUAUAGACGAGUUGUGCUUGCAUGGAUUUUCUAAUUUGCACCAAUGGGUUGAAUUUGUGAACACCGAGGUCGAGGCCAAGCUAAAGCUCAGGCUCGAGCAAAUGCUUUCGCAGUGCUCAGCCUCCUUGGGGGAGCCAAACAAGGCAACAGCGGACCAGGCUGACCUUCAUUGGUUUCGCCCCUUUAUUUGUGAACUACGCAUGACGAAUCAAGUAAUGCACUUGCUUCCUUCUCUUGCAAAGGCCAGGGAGGAUAUUUUUUUCCAGUUGAGCUCUUUAGUAAACGUCGUCUGUGAGCUGCCCAGACUUCAAAGCACGCGAUACCACAUUAGCGCCGUCAAUGCUUCCAAUAUAAAAAACUUUAAUUAUCUUCUUGCUGGAGCCGCUGGGACGGAGUUGCCUAACUUUUUUCUUUAUGAAGACAUUAAGUAUUUAAGCCUAUAG